CGCCAGCCUGAUAGCCGUUCAAUCAUCGAGUAUGGGAGACAGUGCCGGCGUGAGCUUUAACGGGGUGCACCCAGUGCCCGAUGGCUUGUCGAAUACGGCCCACAUCCAAAGUAUGGAGCAAUAUGAGGCCAUGUACAAGCGCUCGCUUGACGAUCCCGAGGGUUUCUGGGGAGAGUUGGGGCGCAAAAAUCUCGACUGGUUCCGUGAGUUUGACCAGGCCGUGGUGGGUACUGUAAACAAGGGCGACGCGGCCUGGUUCCUGAACGGAGAGACCAACGUGAGUGUCAACUGCAUCGACCGUCACGUCACGAAACACCCGAACAAGACGGCCAUUAUCUGGGAGGCGGACGAGAUAGGCGAAGGCCGCAACAUCUCGUACACAGAGCUCCUAGAAGAAACGUGUCGUAUCGCCAACGCCAUGAAGCACGCGGGUGUCCGUCGUGGCGACACUGUAGCCAUCUAUAUGCCCAUGAUCCCAGAGGUAACCUUCGUUAUGCUGGCCUGUACGCGCAUUGGCGCCGUGCAUAGCGUCGUGUUCGCAGGCUUCUCGUCUGACGCUCUGCGUGACCGUGUGGUGGACGCUCAGUCUCAGUGGGUCUUCACGGCCGACGAGGGCAAACGUGGCGGCCGUACGCUGCCACUCAAGCAAAUCGUAGAUCACGCCGUGGAUGGACUGGACUUUGUGCGCAAGGUGUUUGUGUUCAAGCGCACUCACAACCCGGACGUCAAGAUGAACCCCAAGAUCGAUGUGGAUAUGGAUCAGGAACUGCUACGUCACCGUCCAUACUGCCCGGCCGAGUUCAUGAACUCGGAAGACCUCAUGUUCAUCCUGUACACGUCAGGAUCCACGGCCAAAUACACGUUUGACCUUCACAAAGACGAUAUCUUCGCGUGCGUGGCCGACGCAGGUUGGAUCACAGGCCACAGCUACAUCAUUUACGGCCCAUUGGCGAAUGGUGUGACUACUGUAAUGUUCGAGAGUACGCCUAUGUAUCCGCACCACGGUCGCUACUGGGAUCUGGUCCAACGUCACAAGGUGACCAAGUUCUACACUGCACCGACGGCUAUCCGUGCCUUGAUGGCUCGUGGCAAUGACAAGAUCCGUGAGUAUGACCUGUCGAGUCUGAAGGUGCUGGGUAGCGUCGGUGAACCCAUCAACCCUGAGGCGUGGAAAUGGUACUACGAAGUGGUGGGCAACCGCCAGUGCUACAUUGCAGAUACUUAUUGGCAGACUGAGACUGGUGGACACAUUGGCGUGGGUCUGCCUGGAGCUACUCCAAUGAAGCCUGGGUCGUGCUCGAAGCCAUUCUUCGGCAUCGAUUUCGUUGUCACCGACGAACAUGGUAAUGAGAUUAAAGGCAACGACGUCGAAGGUCAGCUAUGUAUCCGUAAGCCGUGGCCCGGUAUGGCUCGCACUGUAUACGGCGACCACAAUCGCUACCUUCAAGUGUACAUGUCGACACACAAGGGUCUGUACUUCACGGGUGAUGGCUGUCGUCGCGAUAAAGACGGCUACUACUUCAUCACGGGCCGUAUCGACGAUGUGUUGUGCACGUCGGGGCACCGUAUCGGUACGGCUGAGAUCGAGAGUGCAUUGGUAGCACACAACGUGGUGGCGGAGGCGGCUGUGAUUGGUAUUCCGCAUCGUAUUAAGGGAGAAGGUAUAUGCUGCUUCGUGAUGUUGGUGGAUGGUGUAAAUGGAUCCAAGGACGUCGAAAAGGAACUUGUUCAACAGGUGCGCGCGCAGAUUGGAGCGUUCGCAACACCCGACCUGAUUGUGCUUGUUCCUGGUCUACCGAAGACGCGUAGUGGCAAGAUCAUGCGUCGCGUGCUGCGUAAGAUUUCUCACGGCGAGGAGGACUCGUUGGGUGACGUAUCGACAUUGGCAGAUCCGUCUGUUGUGCCGACGUUGAUCACGAACACCAAGGCUGCGCUUGUGGGCAAGACGUUCUGA